CAGAUCCCCCUUCCGUCUCCCCCGCCCGCACCCCCGGCCCGCCCUGACUCUCGCGAGAGCCUUACGGGCUAUAAAGGCCAGCGCCCCGCGCGUGCUUCGCGUGUCUGCUUCCUGACUGCGCUCGGUGGCUUCUGCUUGAGGACUGCUGAUAGCAAUAUGUCUUCAGGAAAUGCCAAAAUUGGGCACCGUGCCCCCCACUUCAAAGCAACUGCUGUUAUGCCAGAUGGUCAGUUCAAAGAUAUCAGCCUAUCUGACUACAAAGGAAAAUACGUGGUGUUCUUCUUUUACCCACUUGACUUCACCUUUGUGUGCCCCACGGAGAUCAUUGCUUUCAGUGAGAGGGCAGAAGAAUUUAAGAAACUCAACUGCCAAGUGAUUGGUGCUUCUGUGGAUUCUCACUUCUGUCAUCUGGCCUGGAUCAACACGCCCAAGAAGCAAGGAGGACUGGGACCCAUGAACAUUCCCUUGAUAUCAGACCCCAAGCGCACCAUUGCGCAGGACUACGGGGUCUUGAAGGCCGAUGAAGGCAUCUCAUUCAGGGGCCUUUUUAUUAUUGAUGAUAAAGGUAUUCUUCGACAGAUCACCAUAAAUGACCUUCCUGUUGGCCGCUCCGUGGAUGAGACUCUGAGACUAGUUCAGGCCUUCCAGUUCACUGAUAAACAUGGGGAAGUGUGCCCGGCUGGUUGGAAGCCUGGCAGUGAUACCAUCAAGCCUGAUGUCCAGAAGAGCAAAGAGUAUUUCUCUAAACAGAAGUGAGCGCUGGACCAUCUCAGGGCCAGGCGGCAGUGGGUGUCCAGAGGAACAGAACGUCUUUUGUACUGUUGUCAUGCUUAAAACACAAGACCUUAUACUCAGCUCAGAUGUGUGGGACAGGACAGGCCUUUCUUGCAGGGGUUAGGGAGGCCAGACUUUUCUUCCUCGGGAGGAAAUGGCCUGUGCUUUAAUUACGUGGCAGGCCGACUGGUGUGUCAGUAGCGGGGUUUCACUUUUGACCUUUUGUAGUUCCUAUUAAACCUGAACUGAGA